AUGAAAUUUGCAUUGCCUGAUGAUUUUCCACUUUAUUCACCUGAACAAAUUAUCAGCAGUGUUUCUACGGACAGUAGAAUCAUGAAAAUUGCAAAAUUUGAAGAACCAAAGACCAAAUCCGAUUCAAGACAAAAUAAUGAAGUACAUGAUAUGUUUAUGGCCAUAACAAAAUAUACUAAUGAUUGGAUAAAUUCGAAAAGUUUAGAGCUAUUAGAAAAUCAAUUGAUGAUAUCAGAAUCAAUAAAAUAUGCACAGGAUGUAUCUGAGUCAAAUGUUUUACUAUUGAAUGAUAUCUUUCUGGAGAAAUUAAAUUUACAAACAUAUGAAGUUAAUCAAUUGAUUGAAGCUGAAAAUCGCAGAAUAAGAUUAGAGGAAGAAGCUCGAAGGCGUAGACUUGAAGAAGAGCAAAGACUCAAAAGAUUGGAAGAAGAAAGGAUACGGAAAGAAGAGCAAAUUAGGAAAGAAAAUGAGCUAAAACGAAUCGAAGCAGAAAGAGUACGAAGAGAGCAAGAAAGAUUACGUCAAGAGGAAGAAAAAAGAAUCCAGGCUGAAAAAGAAAGACUUGAAGCUGAAAAGUUAAAGCGUGAAGCUGAACUUAAGGCUGCAAAAGAAGCAGAGUUGAAAGCUAAACAGGAAGCUGAGAUUGCUAAACAAAAAGAAUUAAAAGAAAAAGAAUCACAAGGUCAAGUUACUACUAAUUUUGCAAAUGUUGAGAAAGAAUUCCUCAAAUACAAAAAUGACAUAGCAGACAUAAAAGCCAAAGUUGUUGAACCUAUUAAUUCAAAUAAAGAAAUAAAAAGACAAGUAAAUCAAUUUAAAAGACAAAUAAAUCCUAAAUUCGGUCAAUUGUCCCAUUCAAUACUACAUACAAACUCAAUAAGUCAAGAAAUAUGUCAUAUAAUCGAACAGAUCCGUCCAUAUGAACCUGUUUAUAAAUGGAUUUUAAAUUUCAUAGCGAAAGCCAUAGUUGAUCAAGCUGAAACAGAAGUAAUUGUUCGUCCGUUUGCAGCUAGACCAUUAGCUUUAUUAUCAUAUUUCAUACUAGACAAAUUUCCCGAUUUCGAAUACUAUCUUACAGCAAGAUUCAUAAAAAAAUGUCCAUAUAUAAUAGGUUAUACAUGUGCUAUUGAUUCAGAGGAGGGAAGAUUAAGAAUGGGGUAUAAAAGAAAUGAAGAUGGAAAAUGGGAAGAUGAUGUUAAAUAUGAUGAAAGAGUUUCUGGAAUAUGUACAGUAUGGGCAGUAAUGACUCAUGCACGAGAUUCAAAACAAAGUGUUGGUAUUUUUUCACAAAUUGGUUCAUGGCAAUUUAUAGCAAGACUUUUAAACACUAAUUUACAACUCAUUAAAAACACUCAUUUUGAACUUAUUGCAAAUUGGUGGGAAGCAACAGGUGUAGAAUUUUUGAAAUAUUAUGGCCAACAAGGAAAUAAAAUUGCAAUUCUAAUGUUCAUUCAGCUUGUAGGAGCUGUUUCUAAUAGAAGAUAUCCAUCUGCUGCAAGAUUACAUUUGAUUGGCGAAGAAUGGAUUAAAAAGGGUAAAAUACAAAGAUUAAAACUUAUGGAGAGAUAG